AAAUCAUUCUCAUAGUCCAAAGCGUAGAUACAUUUUUAUUACUUGUCGUCUAUUUUUUUAUAUUUACAUUUUAUCUGACCAAAAUUUAAGUGUAUAUGGGACAAUGUUAAAUUCACUUAACCUCCGUGCACUGCUGCGGUGCAACGGAGUCCGAUCGCCAUUAGAUCAUUGCCUUGCUGGCCAGAAUGUCGCCUUUCGGACCAUCCGACGCCUCGAGUCGAGCUGUGUGACCCUGAAAAAUUCGUUCAAGUGCUACAACCUGGACACGGGCCCAUCAUUGGAAGUGGUACUGUCCCGAGAUGACGCCUUGACUAUGUACAUCCAAAUGGUGGAGGGACGACGAUUCGAGACCAUUGCCGGCAACUACUACAAGCAGCGCUUGAUCCGCGGCUUCUGCCACCUGUACAGCGGCCAGGAAGCAGUGGCCGUGGGCAUGAGGGCCCGGCUCCGCAAGCAGGACACGGUGAUAACGGCAUACCGCUGCCAUGUCUGGAGCUACAUGAUGGGAGUUUCGCUGUACGAAAUGAUGUCCGAGCUGCUUGGCUUCCGCAGUGGGUGUAGCCGGGGCAAAGGUGGCUCCAUGCACUUGUACUGUGACAAUUUCUACGGCGGCAAUGGCAUUGUCGGGGCCCAGGUGCCCGUUGGCGCCGGCGUGGCAUUGGCACACAGCUAUCGGGAUGACGGCGGCGUCUGUAUUAGUUUGUAUGGCGAUGGGGCAGCCAACCAGGGACAGGUGUUCGAGGCAUUCAAUAUGGCCAAGCUCUGGUGCCUGCCCGCCAUCUUCGUGUGCGAGAAUAAUCAAUACGGGAUGGGCACGAAGGCGGAUCGCUCCUCUGCCAUGACGGACUACUAUAAGCGGGGCCAGUACAUACCCGGGUUAUGGGUGGAUGGAAAUCAGGUGCUGGCAGUUCGCACUGCCACCCAGUUUGCGUUGGACUAUGCCUUGGAGCACGGACCCAUUGUUCUCGAGAUGAACACCUAUCGGUAUGUGGGCCACUCAAUGUCCGAUCCGGGCAUCUCGUAUCGCUCCAGGGAGGAAGUGCAAAAGGCGAGGGAGACGAAUGAUCCGAUCAACACCUUCCGCGAGCAGAUCCUUGACUUGGACCUAACGUGCGAGGAGGAACUGAAGGAAUUGGAUGUCAAAAUCAAGAAGCAUGUCGAUGAAGAGUGCAAGAAGGCCCUAGAGGGCAAGGAGGUGGAGUUGCAGGAGCUCUAUGCUGAUGUCUCCGCCAAGAACUUAGAGCCCAAGAUACGCGGUGUGUCCGGCUAUAAUCUGGAGCAUAUUAAGUUGGCCGAAGUGUGCUUUGGCAAGCCAAAGAAGACUCCAGCCUCCGAGAUCAACGAUGUUCCCGUCGGUGAUGCCAUGAUGGCGGCCAAGGCCAAGGAGAAUAUGGAGAAGGCAGCCAAAGAUAAAACGGUGGGUAAAGAUGGUAAGCCUGAAGAAGAGGGCAAAUCUGGAAAAGAGGGCAAGCCUGGAAAAGAUGUCAAGCCUGGACAAGAAGUCAAGCCUGGACAAGAAGUCAAGGCUGUAAAAGAAGUUAAGCCUGGAAAAGAUGUCAAGCCUGGACAAGAAGUCAAGCCUGGAAAAGAGGUCAAGCCUGGACAAGAAGUCAAGCCUGGAAAAGAUGUCAAGCCUGGAAAAGAUGUCAAGCCUGGACAAGAAGUCAAGGCUGCAAAACAAGUAACGACUCAAAAAGAUGUUAAGCCUGAAAAAGAAGUCAAGGCUAAAAAAGAUGUCCCCACUACAGAUGUAAAGAAAAAUGAAGCCAGCAGCAUGGCAGGAAAACCACCACCGGUGACCAACACCAAGCCCAAGGAUGAUCCUAAAAAGCCACCAAGUAAGGAUGGGAAUCCAGUCGGAAAAGCACCUGCUGGCCCUGUCCCGAACACAAAAAAUCCAAACCCUAAACAAAAGUAGUAUUCGUAACUUAAACUAGACCAACUCAAAAUUUAGGUCGCUUAGCAAAAUUUUUAUUUGAAAAUACUGAGGCAUAAGAAAUGUUGUUUAUAUUGUAUGAUAAUAAAACCGUGGAUACAUAAAAAAUAUAUA